AUGGCUGCCUUCGCCUCUAAAUCUCACGCACUCUGCGUUCUGCUGCUUCUCUCACUUUCUGCCGCCGCCUUGGGCCACUCGAGAAAGGUCCUGUACGAGGAGGAGGAGGAACAGGAACACAAGUUUGAUCUCGUCAGCCGGCUUCGCGGGCAGCCGGAGGUGAGCUUCCGGCAGUACUCAGGGUACGUGACGGUCCACGAGUCCCACGGCAGAGCGCUAUUCUACUGGUUCUUCGAAGCCACCCAAGACGUGGAGAAGAAGCCCCUCCUUCUGUGGCUUAAUGGGGGGCCUGGUUGUUCUUCCAUCGGCAAUGGAGCGGUGGAGGAGCUCGGCCCGUUCUUGAUGCAGAAGGGUGUUCCGGAGCUCGGGCUCAAUGAAUAUUCCUGGAACAAAGGUAAGCAAGCAAAUUUGCUGUUCCUCGAGUCUCCGUUUGGCGUUGGAUUUUCCUACACGAACACAAGUUCCGACUGCGAUGGCGCCGGCGACGAACUCACUGUUACGGCAAUCGACGCGCAUGCUUUUCUCUUGAACUGGUUUAAGAGGUUCCCGCAGUUCAAGUCCCACGAGUUCUACAUCGCUGGAGAAAGCUACGCAGGGCAUUAUGUUCCACGACUCGCUGAGAACAUCUACGAAGCAAACAAGAAGAGCAAGGAGGAAGAUCGCAUAAACCUUAAAGGAUUCAUGAUCGGGAAUGCGGCAAUCGAUGAGGAAACGGAUUCUGCCGGCUUGGUGGAUUACGCAUGGUCUCAUGCAGUUAUCUCUGAUGGCCUCUAUCAUCGCAUAAGCAGACUUGCAACUUGA